AUGGCCUCCCCCGGUGACGGCGAUUCUCAGGCCCCGCCUACAUCCUCAGCCGGCAAUGACCUCGGCAAGCGCAAGAGGAACUCGGUCCAUCUGUAUUUCUACAGAGAGCCUGUGACCGCUGUCACCGGAACGCUUGCAAGCAAGCGACGCGGACCCCCUCCUCGUCGCUCGCGAGUAGACAGCGAUACAACGACAGCUGCUCAGCAACCCCCGCCGGAGCCCGACGCUCCAGAUGACAGCGACCCCGGGGCAACACCAGUACAGUUUGAUGCCGAUCAAGAGGACCAGGAAAGCCCUCCAGCGCUGCCAGUCCAGCCGCCAGACGCGUCACUGCCAGAAUGGCUCUACAACUUUACCGUCAAGCACCAAGAUAUCGAGAGCUUACUCGACGUCUUCUAUCAGAGUUGCUAUCCAUUCGCGAGAGACAAGAGCGACGCAGACUCAACAUCGGUCAAGUACCCAGCCGAAGUCAUUGACGACGCCGACAUUACCGAGACGAGUAUCCUACAGAGGCCUGAUAGAGUCUCGUUCCUACGCGGUUGGAACUUCUGCACAGAUCUGUACCGUCUCCUGCAGUAUUUGGAUGAUACGUUCAAGACACAGCAGCAGUUUACGCGAGAUGAGCCUGGGUCUGAAGUUGCAAACUUGCUCUCUCUAAAACGUGCAAAAGCUGAUCCCGAGAAGCCGCCAAUAUCCUAUCACCACACAGACCCUCAAGAUGGUUCUGGUCAGCAGUGGAAACCCCAAUAUCCACUUACGCUGUGCGGCUGCGAAACCCUUCGACAAGCGGUCAAUCAGGUCUUGGGUGAAGCAUCAUCGGCAGCGCCAGAUGCUUCCAGGCCUACUCAAAACCUAGACGACGACCAACACUCUGCAUGGCCUAUGCCUCAACCUCACAUAUUGCCGUCCAUAUGGAACGACACCACUCAGUACCCAUUGAACCCGAUCUCAGGCCCCAACCUACCAAACCCGACUCACGAUACGGCUACUACCUCAAAUCACCCACCAAGGGACCAACCACUCUUUGAUGACUUAUUUCACACGUGGUCUUUUUUGAUAGGGGAACCGGACAAUUUGGAUCCAGCGGACUCAUUUGCUGCCCUUGGGAUGAUGCCACGGGAUGCCUACAGAACGUCCCUGGCACCAAGGUCUACGAAUGAGGCGAAUGAUGCAUCCGGAGGCAAUAUGCAGGGGAUAUGA